AUGACUUCAAAGCCCAACAGAGUCCGCAUCGUCUGCAUCUCCGACACACAUGAUAAAGCGCCUGGCGAAGGCUACACCUUACCGGCGGGGGACGUUCUAGUACAUGCCGGAGACCUCACGAACGAAGGCACUUACAACGAGCUCAAGCGUGCUGCUGAAUGGCUCGAGAAGGCAGACUUUGCGGUCAAGAUUGUGGUUGCUGGUGUGCUUCAUGCGUUCAAUCAACUCGAGAACAAAGUGCUUGCUGAUGUUGUCUGUCAUCCUUCCAACAACGCCUCGGAGACUAAAGACAUCGAACGCCAGAGAUGCCGCGAGCUGACAUCCUCCAUCCCAAGAGCCACCUACCUCGAGCAUUCCUCCGCUGUCAUCCAUCUCCCUGACAAGGACGUCAACUUCCGCAUCUUCGGCUCCCCUUACUCACCACUACGUCCAGAAUCAGGUCCCUUCACAGCCUUUCAGUACCGCGACGCAGAAGCAGAAGCGCUCUGGAACGCCACACUCACGGACACAGACGUUCUGAUCACUCACACGCCUCCUGCUGGCAUCUGCGACACCUCCCAGCACUUCCCUGACGGCGGCUGCCCGACCUUGAAGAAAGCUCUAGGAAUGGUGAAGCCUGCGUUGCAUAUCUGCGGUCAUUGCCAUGAAGGUCGGGGAGCACAGGUGGUGCGGUGGGACGAUGCUGAUGAAGUUGAAUGGGUGAAGGAAUGGGAGGACCCUGGAGCUGGGAGUAAGAAAAUGAGUCUGUUAGACUUGACGGGGAAGAAAGGUGGGACGUGGUUGGAGAGGGGCCGGGAGACGGCGGUGGUGAAUGCAGCCAUGGUGAGCAGAGAUCGAGAAACAGGUAAGAGGAGGAUCGGGAAACCGAUUGUGGUUGAUGUUGCGCUGUGA